AUGGAUUCAGUGAGUGAGGUUGACGUGUCAGUUCUGAUUCCACCAAAGAAGCGAGCAAAGAAGAAAUCAUUAAGUUCUUCUGAGAAGCACAUGGUGCUUAAUGUGUAUAAAAUGAAACUGUUACAUCCAGAGCAGUCAAUGAGUGACAUUGUUUCAAAAACAGCUGCAGCUACAGGUGUUGGACAUUCUUCAGUGUAUCGUGUGAUUAGUGAGUACAAGGCCAAGCACUAUUUGAAGUCUCCCAAGAAAGGUAAAGUACGACAAAAACUUUCUGAAAGUUUUGAUGACUUCAAUACAAAUGCGACACGAAGGAAAGUACAUGAAUUUUUUUUUCAUAACGAUUUGCCAACAAUUGACAAAGUGCUUACAGUUGUGAACGAAGAUGCAGAUCUGGGCAGUUUUCGGAGAACUACAUUUUAUAAGUUAUUGAGAGAAAUGAAUUUCAAAUGUGUCCAGCAUGGGCGCUAUAGCAUGCUAAUAGACAGGGAUAACAUCAUUUUAUGGAGGCGGCUUUAUCUUCGAACAAUUAAACAGUUGAGAGAUGAAGGCAGACCCAUUUACUAUUUGGAUGAGACGUGGUUGAACGCAGGAUGUACCCGAAGUUAUGUCUGGGUAGAUGACACUAUAAAUUCCUCAAAACAAGCCUUUCUGUCCGGAUUAUCCACCGGAAGCAAGGGCCCAUCAGGAAAAGGGAAACGUCUGAUUAUCACACACAUUGGCAGCAAAGCAGGGUUCAUUGAAGGAUGUUUCUCAUGGUCCACUGUGACAGUUCGGCAGCCAGCCAAACGCCGACAGCUGCAAAGCGUGCACCAAGAAUUUUCCACACCCCCACGUAUCAAGUGA